CAUGAAGACCGAUGUGGAGAAUUCCGUGACGCAGGAUGUGAGGAGAGUAUUUAACUCGGGGCACGAGCGCUUCCUCCCUGACAACAGCGCUGCUGAGCGACCCGCGUGCAUAGGCUCACAUGGCAACCCUUGAGGUUUUCUUCACAAUCCUAGUGCUAUACUGCACUGCUGCAUCGUUAGUACUUGCUCAAUAUGAGACCAAGUACUGGCGAGAGCUUCCCUCCGGUCGAAAAUUGUUGUGCGACCGAUGCCCUCCAGGUUUCCGUCUGCAGGCACACUGCACGGAGACACAGCCUACCCGAUGUGCGGCCUGCGAUGUGGGCUACUACACCCAGUACUGGAACUACAUCUACGAUUGCCUGCCAUGUAACUGGUGUUCAGGAGAUGAAGUCGUGAUGCAGGAGUGCACGAGGUCCAGUAACCGUGUGUGUGGGUGCAAGGCAGGGUUUUACCGGGACUCGUAUUUCUGCAAGCCACAUAGGGUGUGUGAAAAAGGAUACGGAGUAAAAGAAAUGGGAACUCCAGACAGAGACACGGUCUGUGAGGCAUGCAGCGAGGGAUUCUAUUCAGCUGGAAAAAACACACCAUGCAUUCCGCACACAGCGUGCAACUCAGAAGAGAAGCUCCUGUUCCACGGCACCAGCAGUUUCGACAACGUGUGUUUAACCUGCAACAACCUCAUCAGUGACGGUUGGGUAAAGAUGAUUACAGGGCCCUUAAUAGAAAUCAUCAAGAAUCACAAUAAUCGGAAGCUACAUCGCUACAUUAAACAGUUAACAAAUUCAACGAACACUCGUAAAAUCUGUUUUGUCCCAGACCACGAUGGCUGCAUUCAGCUGCUGCAGCAGUGGCUUAGCGAGGCUACAGAACAGCAGGUUGUAGACCUUCCCAAAGAUCUGUACAACGCCGGUGUGAAGCACCUGGCCAACAAACUCGAGCAGAAAAUUAAAAGCAUCCAAGAUGAAUUUCUUCUAUGCAAAAACAGUUUUAUUAGUGACCUCCAUAAUUAAUUCCCCACCACCUUCAAAAUCUAUGUUACUGCACAUGUACAUUAUAUUUCAUCGUUUGUAUAUACUGUAUACUCGAUAUACACACACAAACUCAAAAGUUUGGACACACCUUUUAAUUUGAUGGUCUUUUCUGAUAUUUAUUUAUUUCUACACUGUACAACAAAGCUGAAGGCACCUUAUCUCGGUUUAUAUUGAGAUAUAUCUGCUACUUAUGCGCUGUAAGGUGCUGGUUAAGUGUUGAUUUCUAAGGUGAAAUGGACCUCAUGAGAGCCAGUUACAUGUGUUGUUAUUUAAUAGCUUUUAGGUCUCCAGAAGUGUAGAAAAUAACAAAACCUUGAACAAGGGUGUCCAAACUUUUGACUGGUAGUUGCUGUUACACUGUUUUACAAAUAGGUGUUUUGCAGAUGAAUAUAAAAGGCUUUGUUUUUUUUCUUUGUUUUUUUUUUUGCACCCUUUUUUGCAUUUUGAAGUAAAUGUCUGUGUCUAUUUCUUUAAUGAAUGUACAUUUUGUAAACAUUUCAUUUCAAAAGUUCAUAGCAGGUUUGAAAAGUCUUUCACUUUGCACUCUGUUGUAAAGAGAGAAAAAAAGGUGCAGCUAAUAGAUUUUUUUUAUUAUUCAACUUAAAAAUAUACUGUAUAUGUAGAACUAUCUGCCUCAAGCAACAUUAUUACCUCUUAAUGAUUUGCUAUAGUUUUUAUAGAGUAAGAGUUUGUACAUUAGGAGAUACUUAAGAACUUUGCGAAGAAAUAAAAUACAGUAAAAGUCAUAACUUAUGAGCAUUGUUAUUGGUAUUAGCUAUUCACUGUAAUAAAGUCUGAUCAGAUAAACUUCACACACGCUAAUCCCUCUGCCAUUCAGUUUUAGGAAUUGUGGUUUGGCUAGUUUCAGCUAUAAACAUACAUAAAAAUACUGUUGCAACCGGAAAUUUACACUUAAAUCAUAUUGUAUGAUGAACGUGGAUGACCUGCACUAUUGGACUUUCAUUUUCCCCGAUGGGGAAGAAUGGAUUAAUGUUUUUUCAGUAUUUUAUUUUAUUAUUAUUAUUAUUAUUUUUUUUUUUACAAAUAAAUAAAAAGUAUGGCACGAAUUUG